GACUCUGCUUUUUAGAAGAUUUAGAUUUUUCUUGUAUUUAUAGCUUUGUACUGGACCUGCAUUUUAUGUAUCUGCAGUCUGCAGUGAUUGCACUUUUGUUUCUCACACCAGCUGAGACGGUGAUGCUGUAAUGUUGUGCUUGGACUUGGACUUCCUUUGAGAGGAUUUUGUUUUCACCUGAUCAGCGGUCCUUCACUGUUUUGAAUACAUUCUGAUCUGCCCUCCCACCCUUCUAGCCCUCUUUCUUUUUUUCCCACUGAACAUUGUGCGCUGGUUAGUCACGUUAGCGACUGGGCAGUGAUUUCUAACUGAGGCACAGUGUGUGAGGCUGGAAUCGGAGUGGUUGCCUCCUACAGACUGAGCAGUCUUGCGCUCUUCAGCGUUUUUUUCAGACUUCGCACCUCUGGGAGUUUGUCUUACCUGAUUUAAACCAGAGGAGAGUUUAAUUAGUGUAUCUGCAAUUGGGACGGCCGGCCAAAAGCCAGGAUGCAGGUGUCAUUAGUGUGCACGGACCACCGUGGGGGGGUGAGCCGCACCACGGAGGACCGGCUAAACCGACAGAACGCCAACAGCCCCAACACAGGCACCCGCAGCAAGUUCAGAGCAGUGGCGAUGGUGGCUCGCAGUCUUGGACAACUCUCUGUUCAGAGUGUGCCUUCCUCCAGCGAGCAAAGCAUCAAGACUGGCAUGAAGUAUAGAAACCUUGGGAAGUCGGGCCUGCGGGUGUCCUGCCUUGGAUUAGGAACAUGGGUGACAUUCGGCGGACAGAUAACGGAUGAGAUGGCAGAGCAGCUGAUGACUCUGGCCUAUGAAAAUGGCAUCAAUCUGUUUGACACAGCGGAGGUCUACGCUGCUGGGAAGGCAGAGGUGGUGCUCGGAAACAUCAUAAAGAAGAAAGGAUGGAGGCGUUCAACUCUGGUGAUAACAACAAAGAUCUUCUGGGGCGGAAAAGCGGAGACUGAAAGAGGUUUAUCUCGAAAACACAUUAUAGAAGGUUUAAAAGCCUCUCUAGAAAGACUGCAGUUAGACUAUGUGGAUGUGGUGUUUGCGAACAGACCGGACCCUAAUACACCUAUGGAAGAAACGGUUCGAGCAAUGACCCAUGUGAUAAACCAAGGCAUGGCCAUGUACUGGGGAACAUCCCGCUGGAGCCCGAUGGAGAUAAUGGAAGCGUACUCUGUGGCACGACAAUUCAACCAGAUUCCUCCCAUCUGUGAGCAGGCUGAGUACCACAUGUUCCAGAGAGAGAAGGUGGAGGUGCAGCUACCUGAGCUCUUUCAUAAGAUAGGUGUGGGGGCCAUGACGUGGUCACCGCUGGCCUGUGGGAUCAUCUCAGGGAAAUACGACGGCAGGGUGCCUCCCUACUCACGGGCCUCUCUGAAGGGUUACCAGUGGUUGAAGGACAAGAUCCUGAGCGAGGAGGGCCGGCGUCAGCAGGCGAAGUUGAAAGAGCUGCAGGCAAUCGCGGAGCGUCUGGGCUGCACUCUGCCCCAACUCGCCAUCGCGUGGUGCCUACGGAACGAGGGGGUGAGCUCUGUCCUUUUAGGGGCGUCCAACACCGAGCAGCUGAUGGAGAACAUAGGAGCGAUACAGGUUCUUCCAAAGCUGUCAUCGUCCAUCACACACGAGGUGGACAGCAUCCUGGGGAACAAGCCGUACAGUAAAAAGGACUACCGCUCCUAACGCGCAGCACGGCCCCGCCCGGCAGGGCUGCACCGAGGCUGCAGCCGCAGCGCCCCACCUUUGCCUGAUCCUCUGUUUGCUUGAGCUUUUACUGAGUGAGAACCUGGCGCAUGAGUCUGGCCACACCAAGGCCACCCAGGGCACCUCAUUUAGUUACAGGGAUAAGAUAAGGAAAGGAAAGGGGGAAAAAAUACAGUCACCUCCACAGGAAAGGAAGGGAAGAAAGACAAAAGUGGAAGAGAGGUUAGGGACAUGCGCUCAUACUUAAACCAGUUAUACAUUCAAUUCAGCUGAACGUAUUUUAAAACAAUAGAGAAAAAUACCUUUUUAAAAAUAAUAAUAAUAAUAAUAAGCACACGCUUGCUUGGCAGCCAGAUUUCUCUUUCUUUUUUUGCUUUUUUUUUUCUAAAACUGAAUGCAACUAAAAGGAAGAUUAAGUUAAUACUGUACGAAUAUACCACUCUGUUGCACAUGUACCAUAGCCAUGCAUUUGUUCCUUGGACGUUUACAAAACACCCGUGUACUAUACUGUACUGUCAGUCAAGGUUUCUCUGGAAAACCUUUUGUUUGUGUUGUCGACAUUGUCAGUGUACGAGCCCAUUCGUGGGCUUUAACAAUCAGCACUUUAGUAUCGUCAGUAUAGGUGUCGGAGGGGAGAGGAUGGGUAUUACAAUAGUCUUAUCUCACAGCCAUUGCACUAGAGAAUCAUAUCUCCUCCUCAUCCUCCCUUUAUGCCUUCACUGGUAGUACGUCUCUCCAGCCUGAUGCUCCGACUCUCCUGCUGUCUUAGCGUGGCGGUGACGGCCAAGAUGAGGAGGGGGAAUGAGGCUCCUCCUCCGUCUUGAUCAGCGAACCGUCCGCGACGAUGAGUCGGGGCAACUCGUCUGCCACUGAAGAAGAGAUUUAGCUUUUCAUUAAUCCCUAUCGGUAGGAACUGCAGUCGCGUUAAAUAAAUAAAAAAGUGUCCUGGAUCACUGUGUCACCCGGCCUCUGUUCUCUGUGCUCUGUUCUCAGGCUGAGGAUUUACUGUGCAGGAAGUGGUCAUAUCAGUGCUGGCUCCACAUCUCAUGGAAACUUCUCCUUGAUCAAAUUCUGUUCAAGUGUUUUGCCUUAUUUACAGUUGCAUCAGACUGUGCUGUGGCUUUUGGCGUGUCGACAGCUGCACCUUUGGCCCACGUCCCCAGUAAAAACUGGAACGCUAACCGGUGGAAGUGGCAUUAGUUGCGAGGAGGAGGCGGUAGUGUGUCCAGUUAAUCAGUGGGAGGCAGCAGCUCAGGGAACAGAGCAGGAGGUUUUAGUCGUGUGUUGGCGUGCACAUGGUCAGGAGGUUGCAUUUACUCGUCUGUCUUUCUUUCAUGUGUGGACACCGGGCAGGACCGGUGACAUUUUAGCGUGGCUUGAGCCAAAGAUCUUCUUCAUCUCUCUUUGACGACACACCAGAGUGUUUCACUCUCACUUCCUGCAAGAUUAUAGAACUAAUCUUGGCGCAUGUGCUGCCCAGCUUGUUAUGUAUCUACGGUAUGGACUUUACUCCAUACAUAUAUCUUUACUUGACCACGCUGUUAUACUACAGUAAUUAACAAAUAUGCCCUUCAUAUACAGAAUGCAUAAGUACAGCUAAUGCUUUAGAAUCGGUCUGUUUCAGAUGACAUACAACCUGAGACGUGUCAGAAAUAUAACGCCGCCCUAUAUCAUCGUUUCUCCUUUGGGUGCUUUCUUACUGUGAUUAAAGCACAAGUGGAUAGCAUGUGAUACAUCCUCAAAGCAUGGACCCUGUUCACCCAGCCUACAAUACCUACGGGACAAGUGAGGUGAUGCUACUCCGCUUACUAACACGUGUAGGUAACAAAUCUUUACUAACCGCUGAUUAACUAUUGAUUCUUAGCAGAAGAAUGAACACAUUAGGAAACUGUCAUAUUAGUGCAAAUGAUGACACGGAUGAGAAGUGGACGCUACAGUGUGGGAUUUGUGCAGCCAAGGUCUGCUUCGUUACGCCUCCUAGGGGAUUUUUAACGGCAGCAAAGUGAUUUCACGUCUCUGCUGUUGAUCCUGUUUGUGUGCGUGUGUGUGUGUGUGUGUGUGUGGGGGGGGGGGGGGAACCAAUCCCUUGCUUCAGCCUGUUGUAUUAGUUGAUCCCUGUAUACGUUUGAUUUGCUGUGUCCGAGUGUUUUCUCAGAAGAGAAAAGCAAAGAACAUAUAGUUAAUUUAGUCUGUGGAGUUCCUGUGUCUUAAUAUUUGUAUCUGCAGGGAGUGGGGAGGAUGUUUGAGACUUAAAGUUAGACAUUUGGAGAAAUACGCACAUUUGCGUUCUUACUUGACAGUUCAAAUAAAAAAAAGAUAAACACCAUACUCAUAUCUGUCUGUUAAAUAUUAAGGAACGAUAUGGCCAGCCGCAGGCUAACUUAGCUUAGCAUUAAGAUUUCAAACGGCUCGUCUGACCACCCAAUCCACUAACUUGCUCCUUUGAAUGGUAGGGAAGCACUAUUUUAGGGGGAACAAACUUUGACACGACUUAUUAAUUUCCCCCCAUAAAACAGCAAAUUGAUGUUUUGGUGCAGAUUUAAACAAACAAGAUCUUAAACUGUAAAGCUUUAGAGGAGCGUUUGUACAGAGCCAGGGUAGCUGUUGCACCCGUUCCUAAUGCCAAGCUAAUUUAGCCGGAUGCUGUCGGUAGCUUCAUAUUUAGCGUACAGACGUGUGUGUGUGUGUGUGUGUGUGUGUGUGUGUGUGUGUGUGUGUGUGUGUGAUCAAUCGUCUCAUUUAACUCUCGACAUAGAAAGUGAAUAAGUGACAUUUCCCAAAAUGUCAAACUUGCCCUUUAAAUAGUAUCGCUGUGCAUUUAGUUUACCAUCAGUGUUAUUUCACACCGUACUGACCUGCCCAACAAAGAUCUUGUGGUAUUAAAAGGCUUCUGCACAUUGUAGAAAUAACUUUAAUGUUUUAAGGCGGACUUGUUGUUACCUGGUGCCCUCGCCUGUGUAGAAGGAAUUCCUAGUUUCUUCAUAUUUGCUGUUCUAACAUUUGAAUGACUAGUUCAGAAAUGAAAGCAGACCCACAGAUGAUAGAGCUUAGGUUAUACAGAUAAUAUAUUUUUUAUGUUUUAGCCUUAAAUGCAGUAGAGAAUCAAAAGAACAGUUUUUAUUUUUUUCAUCAUGCUGCAUUUUUCCUAUCAGUAUUGUAUCGAUUAGAAGACUGAAGUGAACGCAGCGGCGGACUGAGUUCACUCUGAAGAAGACGUAGUGAGAGCCUGCUAUCUCCUGUACAUAGUUUGACCUUUGUAUAUAUUUCUGGUUGUGAUCACCUCUGCCUUUUUUCUUUUCUUUUUGUUUUGCAGGCAUUGCUAUCUGCACUGUGCUUGAAUCUGAAUUUAGACAGGAUGUACAGCUUUGAUCUUCAAUGAAAAAUGAAAUAAUGAUAAAAUAAGAAUGGUAAACAAA